AUGGACGCGCUCAAGUCCGCGGGCCGGGCCCUGCUGAGGAGCCCCAGCGUGCACAAACCGUCCUGGGCCGGCGGGCGGCACAAGAAGCUGCCUGAGAACUGGACAGACACGAGGGAGACGCUGCUGGAGGGGAUGCUCUUCAGCCUCAAGUACCUGGGCAUGACCCUGGUGGAGCAGCCCAAGGGAGAGGAGCUCUCUGCAGCCGCUGUCAAAAGGAUCGUGGCCACCGCCAAGGCAAGCGGGAAGAAGCUGCAGAAGGUGACCCUGAAGGUGUCACCGCGGGGGAUUGUGCUCAGGGACAGCAGGACCAGCGAGCUCAUCGAGAACAUCUCCAUUUACAGGAUCUCGUACUGCACAGCAGACAAGGCCCAUGACAAAGUGUUUGCCUACAUCGCCCAGAGCCAGCAGAGCGAGAGCCUGGAGUGCCACGCCUUCCUGUGCCCCAAGAGGAAGAUGGCCCAGGCUGUCACCCUGACCGUGGCCCAGGCUUUCAGGCUGGCCUUUGAGUUCUGGCAGGCAGCAAAGGAAGAGAAGGAGAAGAGGGAAAGGUCCAUCCUGGCAGCAGAAGGGACGAGCAGCCCUGGCUCAGGAGCUCCUGCCCACCCUGGCACAGCAGCAGCCCUGGGGAACCUGCUGGACCUGGAGGAGCCGGGCAGGUCCCCCCUGGGCAGUGGCACCGAGCCCCCAGCGCUGGACAACAGCAGCUUUGGGCCCAGCCCCUCGGUCAACAACAACCUGGAGUGGGAGAUGGAUGAUGGCCUGGACGAGGCGUUCUCAAGGCUGGCGCAGUCCAGGACCAAUCCCCAGGAGCUGGACACGGGGCUGUCGGCUCAGGAGGCUGCAGAGGCUCUGUCCCCCCUGCACUGGAGCCAGCUGGAGCCCAGCCCAGCUGAGCAGGACGAUCUCUUCAUGUUCUGAGGGCACAGAAACCCUCUCUGAGCCCCUCCUGGGUCCUGCUGUGGGCAGGGAACCCUCCCAGGGUGCCGCAGCCCAGCUCAGACCAAAGCUUCGGAAGCCUGACGUGGAUUUUUGUACCUUGCUUUUUUACCCAAACCACAGGAUGCUCUUGGACAGAUUUAUUCACAGUUUACAAACGCUCCUGGGAGGUGUGGAGAGCAUCUGCAGGGGCUGCUCCUCCUGCAGGCAGCACCACAGCCCCUCUGUGGGCGCAGACACAGCUCUGGGUGUCACUGAUCCAGCCUGGGACAGCACAGCACUGCCUGGCCAGGCAGGAUUUGCAGCAGCUGCUGACAGCGUGGAGCCACAGAGGGAGCAGAGCUGCUGCUUUGUGCCAGUGUCUGGGCAUCGCCCCAGCGGGUCCCAGCUCCUUUUUAACCCAAAGACUUUUGUAACUCAAAGAAGUUUUGCACUUUAACGCUUGGACUGAAAGCAGUGCUGCGGAUUGUCAGGGUGAGCAGUGCCUGGAGCUCUCCUCAGAAGCUUUUCACCCAAAAAGAGCCACCCUGGCAGCGCUGCAGCUCUGCUCUAGGCUGACCCUCAUCACCUCUGGUGGGACUCCAGGUCCCAAAGUUGGCUUUAAAAGCAAAACCAGCAGGGAGGAAAGGUUUGUUCUGCUGAAUUCUGCUGGGAAGGGCAGCUCGGGAGGAGCAGCAGGAGCUCAGAUCCACGUUCCUGCAGGUUUGCCUGGCCAGGGCUGGCUCCUGCCCCACAGCCCAGUGGAUGGGAUGGGGCCAGGCAGCAGCAAUACCUGGUGCCCAGUGGUGCUCCCACCCCUCUCCCUGACAGCUCCCAGGGGGCUCAGGAAGCUCCAUCUACCCCUGGGACUGAAAUCAGCCAUGGAGGUACAACUUGUGCUCACUAAAGAUUGGGUUUAACCAUCCUCAGUAGCCUCACUGACACCUCACAGUGUUUGUGGCCUUAUGUGAAGUGUACUAAUCUGUUUUAUAGAUUUGUAACUUGGGUUUGAAGCACUAAUUCAUUGCCCAGAUAGCUCCUUAGAACUCCCUCAGAACUGCUCACAGAAAGGAAGCAAAACCCUCUCAGUCAGCUGGAAGAGUUCAGCAGGAAGCAGCUGAGUGACUCUGCCUUAGAUUGGAGAUGUUUUUCCCCCCAGGUGUGAGCGUGAGAAGGUGUUGGGGGUCUCUCAGAUGGAACCUGUGCUCUGUGGGUUGUUCAGGGUGCAGUUCCAUGUCCUGGCAGGGCUGUGCCCUGGCCCCAGGGAGAGCUGCUCUCCCCAGGAACCCGGGAUGGAGGGUGAGGAGCUCAUCCUGCUCUCCUGGGAUGUGUGAGGAGCACAUCCUGCUCUCCUCUGGAGCCUGGGAUGUGUGAGGAGCUCA